AGCACCUGGAUAAAAUACGUAGCUCUCAAGAUCCAGGGCUCUCUGCACACUGGCCGGAGCUCUCCACCCCCAGGGAGUGUUCCCGAAGAGCAGCAGCAGAUUGCUCGCCAGGGAUCCUAUACCAGCAUUAACAGCGAGGGCGAGUUCAUCCCUGAGACCAUGGAUCAGAACAUGCUUGAAGCUUUCAUCAGCCCUGAUGAGUCGCUGUCUGGAAGCUGCCAGUCGCUGGACAGAUCUGUGGACAGCCCUCCCUUUACCCAAACCCCUGUUCCUGGAAGGAAGAGUCAUCCCAAAGACAGUCUUGAUUGCAUGGAUUUCGACAUCCCGUUCUGCGAGAGGUUUGGGAAAGGUGGGACCUUCCCGAGGCAGUAUCACCUCUCCCAGAGUCGCAAGGACUACAGUGAUGGCCGGAGGACUUUCCCCAGGAGUUACUUCCCACAGGAGAACCUGUUUCAGCUUGUCCCCUCUAGCCGAACCAAGAGCUUUAAUGGGGACAGCAAGCUCAGCACCUUGCAGUACGACGAGUACAGGCCCAAAUGGUGGAACAAUUGUGAAAAAGGUCUGCAGGUCUUCAGCACCUCCCCUACGAAAGCUAGGAACUCCCUGCAGGCACCUGUGAACUGGAGGCUGGGGAAGCUGCUUGGAAGAGGAGCUUUUGGGGAAGUUUAUCUCUGCUACGAUGCUGACACUGGCCGGGAGCUGUCAGUGAAGCAGGUGCCUUUUGACCCUGACAGUCAAGAGACGAGUAAAGAAGUCAAUGCCUUAGAAUGUGAGAUUCAGCUGUUGAAGACUCUCCGUCACGACAGAAUAGUGCAGUACUAUGGGUGCUUGCGGGAUCCUGAGGAGAAGAAACUGUCCAUCUUUGUUGAAUACAUGCCAGGGGGCUCAAUAAAGGACCAGCUGAAAGCUUACGGUGCUCUGACCGAGAAUGUCACACGGAAGUACACCAGGCAGAUCCUGCAGGGAGUUUUCUACUUACACAGCAAUAUGAUUGUCCACAGGGACAUCAAAGGUGCCAAUAUUUUGAGAGAUUCUGCUGGAAAUGUGAAACUCGGAGAUUUUGGGGCCAGCAAACGCAUCCAGACCAUCUGCAUGUCUGGGACUGGGAUUAAAUCUGUCACAGGAACGCCAUACUGGAUGAGCCCAGAGGUUAUCAGUGGAGAAGGCUAUGGAAGGAAAGCUGACGUGUGGAGCGUGGCCUGCACCGUGGUGGAGAU